GUCGCCCGUCACGGAGGUAGCUUUGAUACUCGCAAGCACACAGCCAAGACGCUGUGCUAGUGCUGUUUGAAGGCGGAUGCGGUGCGGAACUGUUCCAAAACAGAGUGGCCUUCUAAGCUUCUAUGCAGGGAUCGGGCCGACACUGCGAUUGGGUAGCUCCAGGCGGGCGUCGGCGCUUUGGACAGGCGCGCCCGCGUCACAUGCCAGGAACGCGUGGUGGAUUUCUGGCAAUUCAUUCGUUUGAUUCUUUGUGUACACGGACGUUCUACACGGUGCCCUCUCCACCGAUGAUCGCGGCGACAAUGACGGCCCUCGUCGCGGGGUUACCAGCUCGCCCAAGGCCUGCGCAAUCAGAUACGCUCACCCCCGUGUAAAGCAUUCUCCACCAUACCAUGGUCAGCGUGGGCAUCUGCACUCGGUCGUCUUAUCUUCCCAAGCUGCUUUUGUGGGCCGACUUGUGGAGCUUUCUUUUGA